CGCAGCGUCUCGCAUCCCAGGGCUUGACGAGUCUCGUUUCUCUUUCUCUCCCUUUCUCUCACUUCGCCUCCACGUCCUCUUCUUCUUCUUCUUCUCCCCGGGUUUAGCCAAGCGACCUAUUAUUAUGGCGACGACGGCGACGACGACAACCACCCCCUUCGAGUUCCCUUGGGAAUAUUCCUUCCCCCCAUUCUUCACCCGUCAAACGAACCUCACAACGCACCACGCGCAGUUAACCAAGUGGUCCGACCUCAUCCUGGCCUACUGCCGCCACUACCGCAUCUUCAAGCUCUCCCUCAGCGCCGCCAUCCCCUCUUCCACCACCACCACCACCACCACCACCACUACCACCACUGCUGGCGCCACAACAUCAUCCCCGCCCGGCGGGACAACGGCAACAUCGGGCGUCGGCCAGGCGCAAACGGAAGAACUCUUCCACAACCGCCGGCUGAACAGGCGGCUCUCCCUCGCCGACGCGCGCGAGGUCAUCGAUGCCAUGCGCCGCAACGGCCGCGCCGAGUACGUCGGCGGGAAAGACGGCGGCGACCUCGUCUGGGUGUACUGGCGGACUCCCGAGGAGUGGGCUGCCUUGGUGGAGAAGUGGGUGGACGAUACCGGGCAGAAGGGCGUCGUCAUGACGCUGUAUGAACUUACGGAGGGCGAUGGGACCAAGGGCACAGACUUCCACGGCCUUGAUGUCGAGUUGUUGCUCAAGGCCCUUCAUGUCCUCGCCAAACGAGGCAAGGCGCAGGUGUUCGGACAAGACGACUCUCAAGGUGUCAAGUUCUUCUGAGUGUCGUCCCGGAUAGCGCAUGUUACCCACAGCCUUUCCUUUUUUUUUUUUUUUUUUUUUUUU